AUUUAACCAAAUGGAGAAAUUUAGAGCAUAUGCUGAUCCUCAUACCGGAAUCAAUUUAUUUGUACCUGCCUUUGUCAAUUAAAAGUUAUCCCCACUUAUUCUGCUACUACAUAUUGUAAUUAUUUUAUCAUUAUAGUAAUUAGAUUCUAGGAUUUUUAUUGAUUUUAAUUAGAAUUCCUCUAUUGGCUAUUCUGAUUUUCUUAUUAAUAAUUUUGAAUACUUUGAAAAUAGGCACUCUAAAUUCAUUAAUAGGUAAAUUGAUGUUGUUUACUUGCGGAUUUUAUAAAGUUGAAAAUUAGAUUCCAAUUCAGGAUAAAGGUGGAUAACUCAUAUUGGCAAAUCAUUCUAGUCCAAUUGAUUGGAUUUAUUUCUUAGCUUAAUCAUCGCCAAACUUCGCAACUUUCGUAGAAUGUGGUGAAGAAAUUAGAUAUCAAAUUCUAUCCUUAAAUUAAGUGAUUAAGAAUUUGUUUUCAAUUAAUAUAGCAUAAAAUGGAACUGGAUUGCAAUUAAACGAAGUGAUAUUUUAAAAUAAGCCAACCUUACUGUUUUUUGAGGUAUUUCAUUAUAUAAUUAUAUUUAUCUAGGGUUGUUAAACAAAUUAAUUGGGAGUAUUGUCACCACCAAAAUAAAUGAUUGCGGAAUUACAAAAACUUGGAUAACCUAUUGUAAUUAUUAAUAUAACAAUAGAACAUUUAUAUAUUAACAUAUCCUGACAGAUCUAUAUUUACUCCUAUCAAUACUACAAGGAAUGGAUUUUGGCACUUUAUAUUAUUGUUAACAAAUAUUUGGAAUAAUUUAAAGGUUGUCAGUCAAGAAUUUUAAACCUCUAAGGACUAUUAGAAGCUCAUAACUAAUUUUUAUGAAUGUGAAGGAUUAAAAAUAGUAUUUUAUCAUUUUAUCCCUUAGAUCCAUUAAAAAUACUCUGUGUAAACUGAAUUUUUAAGCUAUUUUUGGAGAACUUAGAAAGGAAAUUAUGUUAAAUAAGAUUGA